AAACGUAACGUUCACUUCCGUGUGAAUGUCAUGAAUGAGUUUAACUUCCCUUUCAGCUCGCUGACUCCAUCUGAUUUCAGUUGGAGAGUUGAUAGCUGCUGCUUCUGUAAAGUCAGUUCAGAUGGAUUACACCGCCGCACAGAGCGGGUUCAGACAGCAGCAUAAUAUGCGUCUGAGGAACAGUUCUGUGGACAGGCCCGAUGGCAGCCAGUUGUUUGAUGACACAAGUGCAGCCGUGCCUGGACCUGAAGGAGCCUACAGAAAUCAGCAGGCUGGCCCUCAAGCAGCAGGACUCCCUGGUCACUCCUUCCUUUCAGACCCCAUGUCCAACCUGGCAGUGGCAUACGGCAGCUCACUGGCAUCCCAGGGGAGGGAAAUGGUGGACAAAAAUCUGGACAGGUUUAUUCCAAUAUCCAAGCUGAAAUACUACUUUGCUGUUGACACGGUGUACGUGGGAAAGAAGCUUGGGAUUUUAGUUUUCCCUUACAUGCACAAGAAUUGGGAGGUGAAUUACCAGCAGGACAUUCCUGUUGCCCCGCGCUUUGAUGUAAACGCUCCUGACCUUUACAUUCCUACUAUGGGCUUCAUCACAUACAUCCUGGUGGCUGGACUGGCUCUCGGCACACAGAACAGGUUUUCUCCAGAGCUUCUGGGAGUUCAGGCCAGCUCAGCAUUGGUGUGGUUGAUCAUGGAGGUCCUGGCGGUCCUGCUUUCACUUUACCUCGUCACCGUGAACACAGACCUCACCACCAUAGACCUUUUAGCCUUUUCAGGGUACAAAUAUGUUGGAAUGAUUGUAGGCAUAGUCUCAGGUCUUCUGUUUGGAAGGCCAGCUUAUUAUCUCUCUUUGAUGUGGUGUUGUGCUGCCAUCUUUGUCUUUAUGAUCCGCACGCUGCGUCUGAAGCUCUUAUCCGAGGCGGCGGCUGAAGGGAAGCUAGUAAGAGGAACCAGGAACCAACUGAGGAUGUACCUCACCAUGUCUAUCGCAGCGGCACAGCCCAUCUUCAUGUACUGGCUCACCUACCAUCUGAUCAGAUAAAAGCUUCAACGCUCACUUUUGUAGAAGAAACUCUGCUGCCUGCAUGACAUCCUCUCAGAAACAAAACCAAACUUUCCAUUAAGAACCACAUCGCUAAACACACUGAGCAGAACACGAGCUACCGAAGAGUAAAGAGGUGACCCCUCCUCGGAGCACAGCCACGUUGUUAGUUUUGCAUUUUUUAUAUUUAAAGUCUUUAGAUUUUGGAGCAAGAACAGGUGGCUUUAAUUUCUCUGCGUCCUUACUGGGUAAUUGCAUGUUAACUAUGUUUUAAUGAAUAUUUAUGUAUGUUUGUGAAUUGUUUAAGCUGUUAUGUUGCAGAUUUAGCUCUGGUCUGGUCAUCACAGGUGGUAUUUUUAAGCCAGCACAAGGAAAGCAAAUCAGUCUCACACAAACCUUUCUCUGAUAUCGUGAAGAAACUCAAAUUCAGGUGUUUAAUUGAUCUGCUGCUUACAAAAGUCACAUGAAACAUUUAGGCAAAGCUGAAUGUUUCAUGUGACUUUUUCUUUCGCCUGUUUAAUGAGAGAUGUCAGGCUCUGGGGAGAAAGAUUUGCUGGAAGGAAAACAUUUAGUUGCAAAAUCAAGUUUACUGCUCAGUAAAUGUAAUUUAAUAUCAGAUAUUGUCGUUUUGAUGUUUGCGAUAUUAAGUCUUAUUUCCAACCAGGGUAUAUUUCAGAUUGGCGUAAACGAUUUCAGGAAACGUUCUUUGCUAAUGAGCUCUUGAAAGUGCUACUGAAGCUAUGUUUGAUGAACACUUAUUUAAAUAGAAAGCAUUUAGUCUAGAAACCACGGGUUAUUUUACCACUAUACACAGCUUUGAUGCUGAAUUGAAGUCGAUGUUUACUGAAAGUGAUGAAAUGAAGCCACUGAAACAUUUGACUGAUAAAGUGACUCGUGUCAAAAUUUGCUUGUUUACUAAAAUGUUUGUAGCUGAAUUUGUAUCACAAAAACAGAAUUACUCUGACUGCAAAGAAGAAAUAAGACAUUUAUCUGUAAAACAAAACAUAAUUCACACACACAACCAGGUUGGACAUGUUUCAACUCUUUUCUUUUUAUUUUUUUCAAAAUAAAGAACUGUAAGACGUU